CUAAAUUCACUGAUUCUCUAGCAGUGUGCAAACAUGUAAACCUUAUAAAGUUAAGAAUCUUCACUUUGAAUUUUUUUCAAAAUAAAAUAUUUACUUCCAUUUUUUUUAUGUAAAUAUUACCCUUCUUUAUUUUUUUGUUUUUUUGGGUGGGAUCUAUUAAUAAUAUAAUGGAUUCAUGGUCCAAAAACGUUCAAAUCGUAUAAAAUUCUCGCCGAAAGAAGAACCUGCAUAGAGGGUCCGUAUGAAAUCACCUCUGGAGAAUAUUUAAAACCCAGUCAGCCAAUAACAGAGAGUGAAAAAAGCGAGUCUCUGUAAAUGGUAUUGCUCCCACUGAUUCGCCCACGGAGGUGUGUUUGGUGAGUCUUCGCUUAAUGGUAUUACCAACUUGUAUCACCAUUAAUAAUAUAAUGGAUUCAUGGUCCAAAAACGUUCAAAUCAUAUAAAAUUCUCACCGAAGGAUGAAUCUGGAUAGAGGGUCUGUGUGAAGUCACCUCUGCAGAAUAUUCAAAACCCAGUCAGCCAAUAACAGAGGGUCCGUGUGAAGUCACCGCUGCAGAAUAUUCAAAACCCAGUCCGUGUGAAGUCACCUCUGCAGAAUAUUCAAAACCAGAAUAUUCAAAACCCAGAACGUGUGAAGUCACCUCUGCAGAAUAUUCAAAACCCAGUCAGCCAAUAACAGAGAGAGUGAAAAAACCGGUGUGUCUGUAAGUGGUAUUGGCUCCCACUGAUUCGUCCAUGGAGGUGGGUUUGAUGAGUCUUCGCUUAAUGGUAUUACCAACCCGUCAAUUGGCACUACUUUCCCUUGUCCCAUGGCUUCCAAGAGCAAGAUCCUCUUCAUCGGAGGAACAGGUUACAUCGGAAAGUUCAUCGUGGCGGCGAGCGUAAAGGCUGGACACGAAACCUUGGCUCUUGUGCGAGAAGCCACUCUCUCAAACCCAGACAAGACUCAGAUCAUCGACAACUUCAAGUCUCUUGGUGUCAAAUUUUUGAUCGGAGAUUUGUACGACAAAGAGAGCUUGCUGAAUGCGAUUAAGCAGGUCGACGUGGUUAUUUCGGCGGUGGGUCACGGUCAGUAUCAGGGUUCGAUUAUUGCUGCUAUCAAAGAAGCCUGCAAUAUCAAGAGAUUUAUUCCUUCGGAAUAUGGGAACGAUGUGGAUCGUGUUCAUGCAGUUGAGCCGGCUAAAUCAGCGUUUGCUAGCAGAGCUGAAAUUCGACGUGAGAUCGAAGCUGCAGGAAUUCCAUACACCUAUGUCUCAUCCCACUUCUUUGCUAGAUACCACCUUAACACCGGCUCAGCCUCUGUCUGGGCUUACAGUUCCCCCAAGAGACAAGGUCGUCAUCUUAGGCGAUGGAAACCCAAAAGUUACAUAACCCAUUUUUCCUUCAAAUCUUUGCAUUUUUUUUCCCUUGAAUAUCUUGAUUCAUUUGCAUGAUUGGAUCACUGAAAUUAAGAUAAAAAAGGAGAUGGGUGUUACAAAUUUGUACUUCGAGAAUGAUGGAUCUGUUAGAUUUAUGUAUCUAAAUAUACAUAAUAAAUUCCAUUAAUCAUAAAUUACUAACCUUCAAA